CGUUUCCACACGUGAAGUAAAGGAACUGCAGUGUUUUUAAUCAUUUUAUAUUUGAGGAGUUUUAAUCAAACUUGAAGUGAUCAAACUGCGGAGAGAUGGAGAAAAGAGAGGAAGAGGAGGAGAGGAAGACUGUAGCUCAGGGAGAGGAGGAAGAGGAGGAAGAAGAAGCUGCAGCAACAGAGAAAGGAGAUGAUGAUGAAGAUGGAGAGGAAGGAGAUAACGAUGAUGAAGGAGAUGAUGACGAUGAAGAAGGAGAUGAUGACGAUGGAGGAGAUGAUGAUGAUGAUGAUGAUGAUGAUGAUGAAGAAGAAGAUGAUGAUGAUGAUGAUGAUAUGGAAAAGAAGAAGAGAAAGCAGAAAGUCGGUUUGGCGACUUCCUCUUCAGGCAGGAAGUGUGUUCCGGGAAUCAUCUACCUGGGUCACAUUCCUCCGAGGCUCCGCCCCAAGCACAUGAGGAACAUGCUGUCGGUUUACGGAGAGAUCGGACGCAUCUUCUUACAACCUGAAGAUCGGGCGGUGAGGAACAGGAAGAAGAAGUCUGGUUUGAGGAGGUGCGACUUCACGGAGGGCUGGGUGGAGUUCAGAGAUAAACGCGUGGCGAAGCGAGUGGCUGCGUCUCUUCACAACACUCCCAUGGCAACCAGGAAACGCCAACAGUUCGCCUCCGACCUCUGGAACAUCAAGUACCUGCACAGGUUCCAGUGGACUCACCUGAGCGAGCGUCUGGCCUACGAGCAGAUGGUCCUGCAGCAGAGACUGAGGACCGAAGUGUCUCAGGCCAAGAGAGAAACGAACUUCUACCUGAACAACGUGGACAAGAGCGCUCACAUGGACAAACUGAAGAGGAAGAGACAGAAAGACGGACAGAAGGUGGACGAGAAGACGUGGGACUUCACGCAGCGUCAGACGGAGGAGGAGAUCCAGAACAAGAAGAAGAGGAAGACGGACUCCGUUACCCAGAAGCACAUGGACAAGGCCCGCCUCAUACAGCAGAAGAGCCAAUCGAACGUCUCCCUGCUGGCCAAGAUUUUCAACUCCAGUCAGUCAUAGUGACAGCUGAUUUGUUGUUUCCAUGGAAACAGGAGGGAGACUGUAAUGAAUGGACACGCCCGCCUUCAGUAACCAAUCACAGGCCGGUGUGGGCAGUGGGCGGAGCCAUCAGAGCUGCUUCUGAUCACAGUGUUAUCAUUUAGUUAUAAUCGAUAGCUGAUAGAUCUCUGCUGUGAUUGGUCGCCAUGACGAUAUCUUCCACACCUCCAGGUCAAUCUGCCCGUAUCCCAUCAUGCUCCUCACCAGAGACUCAGCUCCACUGGCUCGCUGAUCUCCAUUUCUACCCAGAGACAGGACGUUCUCCAGCUGAUUGAUCUUAUCAGUUUAUUGAUCUGAUCGGAGUUUAUUGAUGAAUGAAUGAACUCUUUUCACAGUCAUACGCUGACUGAAACACACGAUUGAAUGAGAUUUUGUACUGUUUGUAUUUCUUUUCAUUAACAUUUGUCAUCAGCUGUAAAAUAAAGAUAAUUUAAGUUUGGACCUCGGACCUGUAACUUCACACUAGUGACCGGUAGAGACCAGAGAGUGGUUUCCAUGGUGAUAGAAACAUGUUUACACUCUUAGACCCUG